ACCGACCGGACGUGACAUAACGUGUACGUGCUUUGUACACGACGUACUGUACAUGUGCGACUGUGACGUGCAACUACGUGGUUCAACCUGCGCUGACAAGUUUGUGAUCAACUGAAAUCUCUCAAUUUCAACUCACCUUUUGGACUUCCCUCAUUAAAGGAGGUUGCAAGAGCCAUGUUGAUGCCCCCGACACUGCUGUGUCCCUCGCUGCUGUAGAUUGCCCCACUGCCAUGCCCCCGUUGCCGUGAUGCCCGGUGCCCCGCUGCACCGACAUGCUUGGCUGUGGAACUCUGCCAAGCUGCGGGUGCCACAACACGACUUCCUCAGACCUCAGCUACUCGUCUGAGAGUUCGUCUUCGGACGCAGACAUGCGGCGAAACCAGGGAAGCUCCUGCCAGGAGGUGGUCAAACACAACGGCGUCGGCGCCUUCCUGGCAGCGCUGUCCCCCAGGAACCUGUUCCGGGGCUUCAAGAAGAACAGCGAGUUCAGCAUGCCUAAGGCAGAACGAACCAUGAAGGCGGCCAUCUUGAUACAACAAUGGUAUCGCAGAUACCUCGCCAGAAUGGAGGUACGUCGUCGAUACACAUGGACAAUCUUCCAGAGCAUAGAGUAUCAAGGCGAGCAAGACCAAGUCAAGCUGUACAAUUUCUUCAACGCGCUGCUGACGCACAUCCCCACGACGCCGUCGUCACACAAACCUAUAACUAGUGAUACCACGUCAAAGUCUUCCUCUACAGACACAACAGUAGAGACCAAGUUUGAGGACGAAUCUCCUAGUGACGGUGGCAGUUCUCCUAACCAGUUUGUCGAGUCCAACUACAAGGGGAUCCAUCUAGGAAACCCUCUAAGCCGACAGGACCUUGACAACCUUAUAGAGUCCUUCCGCAAGAAAAAGACUCAUAGACUACACGCCAAAUACGUAGCGACAAUACUGAAACAAGCAACAGCAGCUCUCAAGAAACUGCCCAACCUAAAUGUAGCCUCUACCGCCAUCUCCAAACAAAUAACUGUGUGUGGAGACCUGCACGGCAAGUUGGAGGACCUGCUUAUAAUCUUCCAUAAGAACGGACUGCCAUCAGCGGAGAACCCGUAUGUGUUCAACGGUGACUUCGUCGACCGUGGCAAGAAGGGGCUGGAGGUUCUUCUGCUGUUGUUGGCUGUCCUGCUGGUGUUUCCUGAUGGAGUGUUUCUCAACAGAGGAAACCACGAGGAUCACGUCAUGAACACCAGAUACGGAUUUAUCAGGGAAGUUAAGCUGAAGUACAAGCACAACGCUGAGCGGCUGCUUAAGCUGAUCGAAGGGGUGUACAGGUGGCUCCCCCUAGGCACAGUGGUCAACAACAAGGUACUCAUUGUUCACGGAGGCAUCUCCGAUAUCACGGACUUGGACUGGGUUAGGAGUCUAGACAGACAGAAGUAUGUAUCUCUGCUGAGGCCACCAGUUGUCCCAGAGACCAACAACGCCGUCGCCACAGAGGCCAUUGAUAAGAUGGAGUGGAAACAGGUGUUCGACAUCCUCUGGAGUGACCCGCAAGGCACGGAAGGCUGCAUACCUAACUCCUUACGAGGGGCAGGCACCUACUUCGGCCCUGACGUCACUGAGCAGUUCCUAGCCAAACACAACCUUAUGUUCAUCAUCAGAUCGCACGAGUGUAAGAUUGAUGGAUACGAACUCACUCAUAACGAUAAGGUGGUGACGAUAUUCUCCGCGUCCAACUACUACGAGACGGGAUCCAACAAAGGUGCCUACAUGAAGCUGGUAGGCCCUCAGCUGGUACCGCACUUUGUACAGUUCAACACAGCCAGGUCUGUGGCCAAGGCACUCACCUUCAGACAGAAGGUGGGGCUGGUGGAGUCGUCUGCCAUCAGAGAGCUGAGUACCAAGGUCCAAGCUCACCGGGAGAAACUUAUAGUAGCCUUCAGGAGAUCAGACAACCACGACACCGGACUGGUGACGGUGUCGGAGUGGUGCUCCGCCAUGGAGGAGACCACUGGUCUCAGCCUUCCCUGGAGGAUGCUCAAGGAGAAGCUGGUCUUGAUGGACCCCGCUGGCUCGGGAAAAGUCCGCUACAUGACCACCUUCCAGGACAUCGAGCCUGCCAGGCGAGGGCACGGGGCCACCGUAGUUGAGACGCUCUACAGGAAUAAGUCGAGUUUGGAAGCCAUAUUUAGGAUAAUAGACAAGGAUAAUUCAGGUUACAUAUCCUUGGAGGAAUUCAAGGACGCGUGUGAGUUGCUGGGAGAGCAUCUUCAGCAUCCCCAGGACGAGGCCCUGGACAUCUGCAAGAGUAUGGACAUCAACAAGGAUGGCCUGGUGGACCUCAACGAGUUCCUGGAGACCUUCAGGCUUGUAGACAUGGAGGUCGGGAGAGGAGACUCCGUGGAUGUUGACUCUGACGACGAAGGUGACCGGGACUGAACGGGAGAAACUGCAAAUGGGGAUUGAUAAUAACGUCAUGUCAUAGAGAAACAUGAAAAGAAUUACGGGAAGAUUUACUGAUCACAUAUUAUAGUUGUUUUCAUGGAUCACGUUAAAUGGGAUAAGCAGGAUUACAAUACCAUAAUGCUAUACUGCGUUGAUUCAAGUUCCAAGAUUUAGGAUUUCAUCAAGCUUUUCGGUCAUUGACGAUUGACCAAGUCACUAAUAACAUAACAGAGAAUAAUGCCCUGUUGACUCACAAACAAUGUCGUAACCAGACCUGCAGCUUGGUUUGUACAGGUAAGGUUAAUGGUUAAAAGACCAUUAAACGUUGGUCUAAUCCACUAAGAUCAACUCAGGAUCACAAAGCAAGGUAAUCCAAAUUGUAACAUUUUAUCAUACAUGAGUUGUUUACGUCGAUUUUACGACAGCAAUGCGUUUUGAACACUGGAAAUGCCGGAAUUGUUCAUUGUGUUAACAGUCAUAUUAAUUCAAGUGGGGCCAUACGCCAAACUUGUUUUUGUCGAGCUAACAUUUCGUAUGUUUGCAGUCAAAUGAUACAACAGGACAUGCCAUUAUUCAAAAGAGAACUAACAGGACCUUGCCAUUAUUCAAAUAGUUAUCAAAUAAUUCUUUAAUAAUCCAAUGUACACGUGAUAAAUUUAACCACCACAUAUUUUGUGAAGCAUCAGCCCUUCUAGCCAAGCAACGCUUUACAAUUUUCUUCCUACGAAUUUCUUCAACUGCCUUAAUGUUUGGUCCAUGUAGGCGUUGAUAAAAAAUAAAAAAGGUCGCGUUAGAAAUGAAGAUUAUGUUGUUAAGGCUGCGGGUAUAAAAUUAUGUAUUGAUGAACACGUCUUAUUAACUUUAAAAUGUUUGAGAUACUCUUGAUGUUGUUUCUUCAUGAAAAUGUCCCUUAUUACAUGUGCAACAUUAAACUAGAUUGUUAAAAAGUGGUAAAUCUUAUUUGAAAAUGAUGCUUUCAAGAAUUAAUUGUUUAAGACAACAAAUAUAAUAUUAUCCAAAGUGAGUGAAUUCAGUUCCAAUUCUUGAGUUUAGAUGAGUUAAACAGUUGAGAAUAAUUAAAAUAUGUUUUAUAAAUUUACAACGAAUACUCUUUGUAAGCAUCUGGUAAGCAUGCUGUUUUCUUGUUACAUGUAAUAUGGAAGCCAAAUAGAAAAGACAAGUUGAUAUUAAAAUUGCAACUUCAAAGUAAAAUGUCUUGUAUUUGGUGCUCAACUUCUAGUCGAUAUAUUUUAGUGAUGUGCCAAAAGACAGAUAGAUACCUUUAUGGAAGUUGGAUCUGUAAAUAGUUUUGAGAAAUCUAAGUUGUAAAUAAUAUUAGUUAUUAUGAAGGAAUUGUCCAUCUGUGUAGAUUGUAUAUUUCAACCACUGGCUGUGUUUACUGUUGAAGUGUCGUAUAUACUUUAUAUACGUUUAUAUACGUGUAUAUACGUUUAUCAUAUACUGUAUAGAGAAUGAAAUACUUAUAUGAUAUAAAUGUAGUUUUUUCUUAACAAUAUAGUUAAAUGUUCGAUGUUCUUCAAUUAUUCUCAUGUAAACACCAACUCUAUUGUAACCAUUAGCUCUGUGUAUUCCAGUUAUUAGGUACUCUAGUAUCUUCUUACAAACACAAGAUAAACGUUCUACGUUUUGUCGUCUGCUCUUGGGUAUUAAGAUAAUGAUAACUGUAAGUAAUAUCACUAGAUCUAUUCAAAUUUGGUAAAUUGCGUUAAAAGUGAAACUUCAAUCUCGUAAAAUCUAUGAUUUAAUAAGUUUUUAAAUGACUCUUUUAGUAAUAAACAACCUCAAUUAUGACGUAACAAAGUGCUAAUUUAAUAUGUCCUAAUAUGUAAAAUAUAAUGAACACCACAAUAAUAAUAAACUUUUUUAGUAUCGUGCGAAAUCAAUAGUUAAAUGUAAAACCUCUUCAAUUUUGUUCACUGUAUAUUCUGGUUAGUGUGUCUUAUUUUAGAGAUAUUUAAAAACAAACUUACUUCUUAGUUGUUCCUACUCAGUUCAAAGGUCAGCUGAUUAUUACGUUUUGUGAACCCUGUGUGUAUUUACUGAACAGUUUCCAUUUUUUAUGCAAUCGUAUUUAUAAUCAAGCCCUUCUAUCUAUGUCAUUCUAGCAGAAUGAAUUCAAUUUUAUGAAAUUUUUCCCAAGUCACCUAUUCCCAUUUUUUACUGAUAAUAAGUGAAUGGCUGGAUAAUUAUAUGUAAGAAAUAAUCGUAUAAAUUGGUUGUGGGCCGUACUCAGUUAAUAUGUUUUAUUGUCAGUGUUAUCAAGGGAAACUCAAGCCAAAUUAAACUGUUUUCUCAAAAUAACGAGCUAUUGAUUGGAAUUAAAUACAAAGGAGCUUACUACUACUGGUCCGUCCACAUAUAAUGAUCAAAAACCUAAUAUAAUUUAUUGAAAUAAAUUAUAUUUUUUGUAAAUACAUUUAUUUCAUUUAUUCGUGAUUCCCCUACGUUUUCGAACCGGGAUUGAUCUAAAUGGUUUUUCUUAUCAAAUGUGUAACUGUAUUAAUGUAGAGAAAUAAAUAUUAAUGUUUGAUUAAAAUCGUGAUAUUUUAAAAUUAAAAAAAAAACUAUUGAAAAUGUAAUCUGUUGUAUUACCUUUAAUUAGGGUAAUAAUUGACACGGCUAGCUGGGUGGAUAGUUACCAUUGAUAGGGACCAUAACAAUAUUAACUAUUAUUUAGAUUAUAGUGUAAAUAUUUGAUGUAAAUUAUUUUUAUGUAAAAUUUAUUAGGAGGUUACUAUACGUAUUGGUGGGAAUAUUAAUAAGUUUAUAAACUUAAUAAAAGAAUAGCAUGUCAAUGUUUUGUUUUAGUUAAAAACGUUUGUAUUUUUUAUUUUACGUUAAAAUAAAGCUUUGUUCUCUGUAAUGUCAAUUGUAAUUUAAAACAGUAUUUUAGUUGUGUUUAUAACGUUCAUUGUCCAGAGUUUGUGAGUGUUUAGAUUUUAGAUUGGAAUGUUAACUCGUUUUAUAGUUCCACAUUUAGUUCUGAAUCUUGGUAGGAACUUUAAGGACAAAACGGGUGCUUCAUGUGGUUUUUGUAUAAUAGUUGUAUUGAUGUUUGUUUCGUCAUUGACGUAAUUUUAUUUAUUCAAUUUAAACAAGAUAUAAACAACAGAUGGCUCCAAAAUAUGUUUUACUUUUCAAAUGAUGCAUGAUGGUUAACCUAUAAAAGCACCUAAAUAUGAUUAAUAUGAAAAAGUUUGACGACUAUUAAAAAAUAUCACACACACACUUUGUAAUAGUAUGCAUAUAAGUAAACAUAUUCCAAAUAAUUUAGGAGUUGAUUAAAAUAUAUGAAAAUAUAUUUUAACAAAUCAAUGAAUAUCUUAAAGUCACCCUAUUAAGUCGAAGACUUUCGUGAUACAAUUUUGGUCAAAGUGUAUUUUGUUUUUAAAUACGUAAGUUAAUUUGAUGUAAGAAAAAAGUUUAUUUUUUAACUCGUCUAAAUAAAAAAUCUGUUUAAUUGUAUCUUUCAAAAU